GACCCAAUCAAAAUCGAACUGAGGCAAACCAAAUCAACGUUUGACACACUUAAAUUCCCUUGCGCCCACUUUUAUUUCAAACCCUCGCCCUUCCCCUCUUCAUUCUCUAAAAAUUCAAAUAGAAUAGAGAAACUGCACCUUACCUUUUCUUUCCCUUAAAAAUAGAACAGAAUAGAACAGGGAAACAAAACCCCCACUUUCAUUCCCGCAAAAACUGAAAUUCUUUCCCAUAACACCGAUUCUGAUCGCCUCUAAUGUCUCUGGUUUUCAAUAACUCCUCUGUUAUCCAUCUUGCUUUCAAUCUCUCUCUGAUAUAGGAACUAGUGCGCCUUUACACCUUUGACUCUUCAAUUCGAAAAUGGCUGCUUCUACCUUUGACCCUUCUUUCUGCAACUCUCGUACUGACCUCAACGACAUGGGUUUUCCGCGUCGAUUGUUGUCUCGGCAGAGCUUUGGUUCUAGAGAGAGAAAUGGAUAUGUGUAAGUGAAGGAGCCCGGUAUUUCGACUAUGUUGAUGAAUGUUACUAGGAAUGAAUUCGAUCCUUUUGCUGCAGUCAGUAGUCCUCUUUACCAGACGGCUACAUUUAAGCAGCUGCUAUGGUAUUGGGUAUUGAUGAAGAGAAUGGGGCCUCAACUAUUCAAGUGCUACCCAGCCCGUUAUUUCUUUGGUCACAAGGCCACAAGUGCUGGCUUGAAAGAACAGGAGGCAAUCAACUUCUUGGAGAAGAAAAUGAAAAAUGAUCCUGCAUUCUCUUAUGAAGAUACUGUACAGGUUCUUGCAUGGAUCUUCCUUCUACUUAUCCACUCGGGGAUUGACCUAGGUACCAUGGUGUGUGAACUUUUAUUUUGAAAAACUUAUUAUGAUACUAUGUUACUGUGGAUAUGGGAUUUUUUUGUCUCCAUGAUGACAAUUUGGUUUGUUACAUAUUUUGUUCUAACUGAACUUUUUAUAGGGAAUGGAUAGUUAUUUAUCAGAUUUUUGUGUAUUUUCUUGUGAAAACCUAUUAAUUUUUAAUCAUAUCCAGAACGAGAACAAGGAAUCUAAGCAUUUGCUUCAACAAGUUACAUAAUGAGAUAAAUAAACAAUAAUAUUAAUUAAAAAAAAAA